CAUAACUCGGGGUGACCUGAUAGAGACUCGCAGGUGUAGUAGAACUGCUCUGUCAUGAUAAUGCUGUACCGCGCUGCUAGACAGGCGAACUCGUGGUGUUAGGUGUCAACCACCAUUGGUGUCUUGUUCAGUGGUGACUGGGUUUUUAUUGGUGUCUGAAUUCGUGGUGUCAGGUGUCAAUACCAUUGGUGUUUUGUUCACUGGUGACCUGACUGGGUUUUAUUGGUGUGCAUUCGUGGGAUCGAGUUGUCAACACCAUUGGUGUUUUGCUCACUGGUGACUGGGUUUUAUUGGUGUCCGUAUUCGUGGUGUUAGGUGUCACCCAGGCUGGCGUCUGACUUGUAAAUACCUGGAGUAUCACCUGAAAGAACAAUGGCAUCUUUGUCUAAUACAACGCAAGCAACCCACGUGACCCACCUCCCCCCACCCCAGGGGGGUAAACUGACCCACUUCAGCAUCGAGCUGGUGUUCGAUGACGCCCUGCACGAGGUCAGGUCAAAGUUGACCAACCCCAAGUCGGCCAUCAAGGUCCAGCUUGAGUGCAAGACAGAGACGGCGGACUGGGAGAAAAUUUACACCGGGCUGUCCAAGUCCUACAUCCACACAGGGCUGUUGCCCAGCAAACAGUACAGCUACAGGGUCAAAGUUGACAGCCCGUCCAUCAAGAGCGACUGGAGUGCUAUAGCCACCAUUAAAACUGUCGCCGCCCCAUACACCGGUGAUGACCUGCAUCAAGCUAUACGACGUGGGAAUCUGGAGAAGGUCAAGGAGAUACUCCAGUCAGGGGAUGUCCAUCCUGACGCCCAGGACGAGAAAGAUUUCAGCGCCCUGGUGGUGGCUGGGUUACAGGAGAAGUUUGAAAUUAUGGAGACCUUACUGGAACAUGGCGCAGACGUCAAUCGAAAAGAUGCCAGCGGUAAAACCCCACUAAUCCACGCUGCCAGUAGAGACCUGCUACAGACCAUCAAAUGGCUGUGUGAACACGGAGCAGACGCGAAGAUGCUGGAUAAAUCCGGCAUGGCUGCCAUCCAUCACGCCGUGGAUGGUGGAUUCGUCAAGGUCGUCGAGUGGAUGCUGGAUAACAGCGAGAAGUAUGGAUUUGAUAUAGAGCAGAUCGAGACAACUGGGGGCAUGACGCCACUCAAUCGAUGUGCCAACAUGACGCCGGACGCCAAGGCCUACGAGUUAGCCGCCAGUCUACAGCUACGUGGUGCCAACAUGUCCUCCAAGGCCUACAACAACUUCACCCCCCUGCUCAACGCCAUCAUUCGGCGGAAACCGAAAUUGGUAGAGUUCUUCUUGGCGAGGGGUGCGGAUAUUUACGAGAAAAACGAGAACGGCCAGACCCCGUAUGAGAUAGCACAGAGUGUAGGAAAUACGCAAAUCCUGCGAGCCUUUGAAGAGAAGAUCCAACAGAUGAACUUGCUGCCAAAGUCCAAGAGGAAAGUCACGCCCAACCAAGAGGUGGAGGUAUCAUAAAGGGGAGGUCACCACAAUAAAUAUUUUAAAAAACUGUGUUCUAAUUAUCCCAUGCUUACAUUUUUCAUUCGUUUUUUUAAAAUUAGCAAUUGUUAAAUUUUCAUUCAUUUAUUCAUUCAAUAAACGUACAAGAACUGCAGAUUAUUUAUGAACAAGUUUACUUUUUAAAUGUUGUAAAGUAUAAAAUAUAAUGCUAAAUAAAAAGCAAAAAGCAAGUGAGAUUGAAUAUAAAAAUAACAGU